AGACACUGACCAGUGCGGGCGGUCGCAGCCUCGACUCGCGGAGCCGCUACUGCAGAAAAUGUCCAUAGAGGAUCGUAUUACACUGCGCUCCAUCUUUAAACCACUUUCUGUGCCGUUAGCUGCAGCGGGACACAACAGUACAGGAUACGUGCCGAGAAACGUUAGGAAAUAGGCAACGCCUUGUUGCAGAAGAAAAUCAAACAAACAUUCUCGAAUGGGCAGCUGUGAAGAUUCAACAUGAUUGAGUCAAUAGAUACCCAGCGUGCCUUGCAGGCGGUGGAGCGUCUGCAAGCCAAGCUGAAGGAGAGGGGGGACGUGCCCACCGAGGAGAAGCUGAGCCUGCUGAGGUCGGUGCUGCAGAGCCCCCUCUUCCACCAGAUUCUCAGCCUGCAGAGGUCCGUCCAGCAGCUCAAAGAUCAGGGCAACGCGGUGGUGCACAGCGAGCCGUGCCCCCCGCCCGCGAGCGAGCCCUAUGCCCUGGCGCUCCCGAACGGCGGCCGCCCGGCCCACCCGGACCCCCCGGCCGCCGCCGCCGCCACCGCCGCCCAGAUCAACGGCGGGCCGCCGCCCGAAGACUUGGAGCACGUCGUCCGAUCCAUGGCUCAGGGGCGCUACGUGACGCACGUGGAGCUGUUGAAGCCCGUCUCCGGGGACCUGGGCUUCAGCGUCGUCGGGCUGCGGAGCGAGAACAGGGGCGAGCUGGGCGUCUUUGUGCAGGAGAUCCAGCCCGGGAGCGUCGCGCACUGCGACGGGAGGCUGAGGGAGGCCGAUCAGAUCCUGGCCAUCAACGGGCAGCCGCUGGACCAGACGGUGAGCCACCAGCAGGCGGUGAGCGCGCUGCAGAAGGCCGUGGAGAAGGUGCAGCUCACUGUGGCCCGAGGGCCCAUCCCUCAGCUGGCCAGUCCCGUGGUGUCCCGCACCCCGUCCGCCGCCAGCACCCUGUCAGCGCACUCCAACGUGGCUCACUGGCAGCAUGUAGAGACCAUCGAGCUGGUGAACGACGGAACGGGACUGGGGUUCGGCAUCGUGGGGGGGAAGUCCACGGGCGUCAUCGUCAAAACCAUCCUUCCCGGAGGGAUAGCUGAUCAGGAUGGACGACUGCACAGCGGGGACCACAUCCUGAAGAUCGGCGACACCGACCUCUAUGGGAUGGGCAGCGAGCAGGUGGCCCAGGUGCUGCGGCAGUGCGGCAACAGGGUCAAGCUGGUCAUCACCAGGGGAGGCCUUGACGACAGCACCUCUCAUCCUGUCGUGCUGCCCACUGUUGCCGAGCAGCAGGGCUAUGAAGAGGAAGACGCUGACACCUUCGAUGUGGAGCUCACUAAAAACGCACAGGGGUUGGGCAUCACCAUCGCUGGCUAUGUGGGAGACAGAAACUCAGAGCCCUCUGGUAUUUUUGUAAAGAGUAUUACUAAAGACAGUGCUGUUGAGCAAGACGGUCGGAUCCAUGUUGGUGACCAGAUCAUAGCUGUGGAUGGCACCAACAUCCAGGGCUACACCAACCAGCAGGCGGUGGAGGUCCUGAGGCACACGGGCCAGGUGGUGCACCUGAAGCUGGUGCGGAGGGGCUUCCGGCCUGACGAGCCCCCGCUGGCCCCCGCCGAGCCGAAACCCCCGCUGACCUCGCUGCAGAACCUCGCCGUGGACCGGCUGGACUCGGACGCCACGCUCGAGAACGAGCUCUACCCGUCGCUCUGCGGAAACAGCAGCCUGGUCACCGCCGACGCCGACCGGCCGGACGUGAAGGAGGGACUCAAAUUAACUGCAGCUGAGGAGCAGGAGCUGAUGAGGAAGUGGCAGUCCAUUCUUGGCUCCAGCAAUGAAGUAAUAGUGGCGCAGGUGGAGAAGUUCAGCGAGAGCAGCGGGCUGGGCAUCAGCUUGGAGGCCAGCGGCGGGCACCACUACAUUCGCUCGGUCCUGCCCGAGGGGCCCGUGGGGCGCAGCGGGAAGCUCUUCAGCGGGGACGAGCUCCUGGAGGUGAAUGGGAUCUCCCUCAUUGGCGAGAGUCACAAGGAGGUGGUGAGCAUUCUGAAGGAGCUCCCCGUGGGCGUGUACAUGACAUGCUGUCGCCCCGCCCCUCGCCUGAAGAGUGACGCCGAUGUCACCCAGCCCACCCUGGAGGAGGAGGAGGCGCAGCCGGAGUCCGCCGAGAAGGGGGGCCAUGACGGAUUCGUCGUUUCCGCGGAAACGGACGACGCCGCGAAGGCCAACGCGACAGACGAGACGCUAGGGUCCACUCUGGCCAUGUGGGAGACGGAGAUUCAAGACAUCGAUCUGGAAAAGGGAGACUGCGGCCUGGGGUUCAGUAUUUUAGACUAUCAGGACCCCGUGGAUCCCGCCAAAACGGUGAUCGUCAUCCGCUCGCUGGUGCCCGACGGCGUGGCGGAGCUGGACGGCCGCCUCCUGCCCGGCGACCGGCUGAUGUUCGUCAACGACACGGACCUGGAGAACGCCAGCCUGGAGGACGCCGUGCAGGCGCUGAAAGGGGCGGCUAUGGGGACCGUCCGGAUCGGGGUGGCCAAGCCACUGCCUAUCGACUCCGUCGAAGCGGAGCUGACGGACGAGAGGACGUUUGAUCGGCGGUUCUCCGGAGAUGCGGACGACACCUUCCACGCGUCCCUGCUCGGUCUCCACGGCAGCGCCCACAGCGCCGAUCUGCGCUUCCAGAUGUCCGCGCUGGCGUCGACGCCGGAGGCGGCUCAGGAGGACCUGUUUGCGGAGGCCUCCUUCCCGGCGCCGCUGGCUGGAUUCGCUGACGAAGCUGAACCCUUUUCCCCGGAAGAGAAGCCCAUAGUUUUCUCCCGGCCCUGGGGUUCCGCGGCCCCUCCCCCGUCGCUCGGCGAAGCGCCGCUCCGGCACGGCUUCGAGCUAGCGGAGCCCGAGCAGCGCUCCGCGCCGGAGGUGGCGCCCCCCAGUGGUCAUAAUGAGGAGCGGGAGUCUGCAGAGACUGCCUUGGCCAUCGAGGCCUUCCCUGACAUUACGCUCCAUCUCAGAGGGGGUGACUCCCCAGGGACGAGCACAGAGGAGCUCUGCAUUAACCCACCAGUCCAUGAAGGCUUUGUGAAGGAAGAAGAGCUAUGCGCGGAAUCCAACCCCAUGGAGGGGGCAGAUAAACAACAGGCCGCCGCAGGAAGCACCUUUGAAAGGACAAUUACAGUUGUCAAGGGCAACUCCAGUCUCGUGUGUUCGGCAGGGAUGACCGUGAGCGCCAUAAAGGACGGCUCGGGGAUGCUGAUCCGCAGCAUCAUCCACGGCGGGUCCAUCAGCCGCGACGGGCGCCUGGGCGUGGGCGACUGCAUUUUGGCUGUCAACGGCGAGCCCACCACUCACCUGACCAACGCCCAGGCCCGGGCCAUGCUCAGGAGGCACUCUCUCGUUGGGCCAGACAUCAGAUCUUCUUGCGUGCCAGAGGACGAUCAGUGCCCCUAUUAUGUCAUCACGUACGUCCCGGCGGAAUAUCUGGAGGAGUACAGGCUCAGCACAGGAUGCCAGAAUGAGGACGUCUUCACCCCCGAUGCACCUCCACCUCCAAGCGGAGAGAUCCCGGAGCUUCCGGAGCGGGAGGACGGAGAGGGGGAGGAGAGCGAGCUCCAGAGCGCCGCCUACAACAACUGGAACCUGCCCAGGAAAGUGGAACUGUACAGGGAGCCAGGGAAGUCCCUGGGCAUCAGCAUCGUCGGGGGGCGUGGCAUGGGCAGCCGCCUUAGCAACGGAGAGGUAAUGAGGGGCAUCUUCAUCAAGCACAUCCUGGAGGACAGCCCUGCCGGUCACAACGGAACACUGAAGACCGGGGACAGGAUCGUGGAGGUUGAUGGGGCGGACCUGCGGGAUGCGAGCCACGAGCAGGCAGUGGAGGCAAUCCGACGGGCGGGAAACCCCGUGGUGUUCCUGGUGCAGAGCCUCGCCCACAGGACCCGGAAGCCGCCCUUGCCCUUCCUGCAGCUAAACCCUCUUGCGGUCUCCGCCCUGCGCAGCACUAAUCAAACUGCAGCCUGCUCACUGCCCGCCCCUCUCCAGUCAUCAACUGCCGACGCCGUCGAAGAAAAGGAGGUCCUGAAAACCACGCACAGCAGUGCCAAGGGGGCUGAGAGUCACAGUAGACUUUUCCUCCGCCUCUCCCCAACUAACCCCUUUACUCCUACUCCGUUUAAGCCUCCGGCGCCCAGGGACGCGGGGAAGCUUCCGGGGUCAUUCCCCGCCCCGCUCGCCCUGCCCGUGGUCCCUCUCGUGGGGGAGACGGACACGGACACCCUGACGGAGAUCCCGGACCGGCCGGCACCCCCGACCGACCCGCUGGGGGAGGAGGACGAGUUCGGCUACAGCUGGAAGAAGGUGAUCCAGCGCUACGGCAGCCUGCCGGGGGAGCUGCACAUGAUCGAGCUGGAGAAGGGCCGCGCCGGCCUGGGCCUCAGCCUGGCGGGGAACAAGGAUCGCUCCCGCAUGAGCGUCUUCGUGGUGGGCAUCGACCCCCGCGGGGCCGCCGGGGCCGACGGCCGCAUCCUGGUGGGGGACGAGCUCCUGGAGAUAAACGGGCAGAUCCUGUACGGCCGCAGCCACCAGAACGCCUCGUCCAUCAUCAAAAGCGCCCCCUCCAAGGUGAAGAUCAUCUUCAUCAGGAACACGGAGGCGCUGGACCAGAUGGCCGUGGGGCCUGUGAAGGAGUACGGAGACGCGCUGGAUUCACAGACAGAGGACAUGUGUGCUGCGGUUUCGCCUUCAGCGAUCGACGUGGACAUGUUCCGAUACGUGCAGCACGUAACGCUGUCCAAGGACCAGGGUGGGCUGGGCAUCGCCAUCAGUGAGGAGGACACCAAGACCGGGGUGCUGAUCAAGAGCCUGACCGAACACGGAGCAGCGGGGAAGGAUGGCAGGAUUAAAGUUGGAGAUAAAAUUCUGGCUGUGGACGAUGACCUGGUCAUAGGACACCCUGUGGAGAAGGUGAUUAAUCUGCUGAAGAAGUCCAGGAGCACGGUGAAGCUGACCGUCUGCACGGACGAGUCCCUGCCCUCCUCCUCCUCCUCGUCCUCCUCCUCCUCCUGCGAUCCCGCCAGGAGAACUUCCGACGGACGGAUAACCGGCAUCCCCAGUGUCCCCCUCGUUUCCGUGGGAACCCCAGAUGCGGAGCCAGUUCGGAGUUCCAGCAGGUCGUCCACCCCUGGCACUCUGACCUCCGACCCGGUGACCUGUCCCAUCAUCCCCGGCUGCGAGACCACCAUAGAGAUCUCCAAGGGACGCACCGGACUGGGCCUCAGCAUCGUGGGGGGAUGUGACACGCUGCUGGGUGCCAUCAUCAUUCACGAAGUCUACGAGGAGGGAGCUGCUUCCAAAGACGGGAGGCUGUGGGCGGGGGAUCAGAUCCUGGAGGUUAACGGUAUAGACCUGCGGGUGGCCACGCACGAUGAGGCCAUAAACGUGCUGCGCCAGACGCCGCAGAAGGUGCGGCUGAGCGUGUACCGGGACGAGGCGCAGUACAAGGAGGAGGACACGUGGGACGUGCUUUUCGUGGAGCUGCAGAAGCGGGCCGGCCAGGGCCUGGGGCUCAGCAUCGUUGGGAAAAGGAACGAUACGGGGGUGUUUGUUUCGGACAUAGUGAAAGGAGGCAUAGUCGAGGUGGACGGGAGGUUGAUGCCGGGCGACCAGAUCCUGUCCGUCAACGGCGAAGACGUCCGAUUGGCCACUCAGGAGUCCGUGGCCGCCCUGCUGAAGUGCUGCACCGGGCCCAUUAACCUGGAAAUAGGCAGGUUCAAGGCGGGGCCCUUCCAUAGCGAGAGAAGGCUCUCCCACAGUAGCCAGUUCAGCGAAACGGGCAGCUACGGAGACGCUCCUUACGUCCUGUCCGGGCCCGGAGAUCUGUCAGAGGAUGCGGACGACAGGAGGAAGAGCCAUGAUUUGUCUGACUACCAGGAGAUCAGAACCGUCGAGUUUACAAAGGAACCCGCGGACUCUUUGGGGAUCAGCAUCGCCGGGGGGUUGGGGAGCCCCCUCGGGGACGUUCCCAUCUUCAUCGCCAUGAUGCACCCCACAGGACUGGCCGCGCAGACCCACAAGCUGAAAAUUGGAGACAGGAUCAUCACCAUCUGUGGCACUCCUACAGAGAACAUGAGUCACACCCAGGCCGUCUCCCUGCUGAAGAACGCCUCGGGCACCAUCGAGCUGCAGGUGGUGGCGGGCGGGGACACCAGCGUGACAGGGCCCCCUCAGGAGCAGACGGCCGCUGGUCUCUCCCUCUCCGGACUCACGGCCAGCAGCAUCUUCCACGACGACCUGGGGCCGCCGCAGUACAAGACGAUCACUCUGGACAGGGGCCCCGACGGCCUGGGCUUCAGCAUCGUCGGGGGUUACGGCAGCCCGCACGGAGACCUCCCCAUCUACGUGAAAACCGUGUUCGGCAAGGGCGCUGCCUCUGAAGAUGGCCGUUUGAAGCGUGGAGAUCAGAUCAUCGCCGUGAACGCGCAGAGCUUGGAGGGCGUCACCCACGAAGAGGCGGUGGGGAUACUGAAGAGGACCAAAGGAAGCGUCACUCUCACUGUGCUCUCUUAAACGUGCACUCCCUGCUGGUCUCACUCUCAUAAACGUGCAAUCCCUGCUGGUCUCACUCUCAUAAACGUGCAAUCCCUGCUGGUCUCACUCUCAUAAAAGUGCACUCCCUGUUGAUCUCUCUCACUGUGCUCUCUUAAACGUGCACUUCCUGCUGGUCUCACUCAGCGGGCUCUCUUAAAUGUGCACUUCCUGCUGGUCUCACACAGUGUACUCUCAUAGACGUGCACUUCCUGCUGGUCUCACUUUCACAAACGUGCACUUCCUGCUGGUCUUACUCUCAUAAACGUGCACUCCCUGCUGGUCUUACUCUCAUAAACGUGCACUCCCUGCUGGUCUCCUGCACACACAAACACAUUUUUUUUUCCCUCGUAGCCAUGAU